UGAGUGCAUCCUCUCUCUUUAUUCAGAAGAACUUAAGAAACCCGCUAAGUGAGUAAUUAUAGCCUACACAACAGCUUACUGCUGAGUAUAAAAUAGCGGACGAGGCACUUUAUUUACAUAGUGACGUCACCUUUACUUUAGGUUUAGUUGAUGUCAAGUGUUGAGCAUAAAUGGCGCACAGGUAAAGUGAUUAACAACGAAUGAACAUUAACAUGUUAAAAACCGUGAAGAUACAUCAGAGUCAAAUACAGGCAAUGACGGUUGUUAGCCUUAUUACGAUUUUCACAUCGAGGUAGCAACAGCGUUGCAUAAUUUUAAUUCAUUUAAAACUGGCAGAUAUACAUUUGGAAAAAAAAAAAUCAUAACUUCAAAGUCUCUUGUUCUGCGAAAUUUAUGCAAGAAUAUUAACAUCCGAGUUAGUAGACAGGCUAUUUAUAGUCAACAGAAUGUGUUAAAAGGACCAUCAAAAUAAAGUGAAACCAGAUGUUGAUCCAGGAACAUGUUGUACUUGGUGAAAAUCACGUUCACCGUGAUUCUGAAACCCAAAUUGUUUUUUCCUGUCAUUGUUGAAAAAUUUGUAUGUUUUUGAAAUUUGUGUUUUGCAGCCAGCAGUAGUCCGGAUUUACAUUGGCCCAGCCAGGGGCGUAGUUUGUGUCAAACUGCAGUGUGUAUCAUCUCUCUUUCUGUGUGUUUAAAAGGAGAAAUGGCAGAAGCCAGUAUUUCAGUGGAUCAGGACGAGUUCAACUGCUCAGUGUGUCUGGAUCUCCUGAAGGAUCCAGUGACGAUUCCCUGUGGACACAGUUACUGUAUGAGCUGCAUCACUGACUACUGGAAUCAGGAGGAUCAGAAGAGAAUCUACAGAUGUCCAUUAUGCAAACAGACCUUCACUCCAAGACCGGUUUUAGGUAGGAAUGUGGUGAUCGCUGAGAUGGUGGAGAAACUGAAGAAGACGAGACUCCAAUCUGUUCCUGUUCCUGUUCCUCUUCCUCCUCCUGUUCCUGCUCGUCGUCGUCAUCCUCACACUGGAUCUGGAGAUGUUCAGUGUGACUCCUGCACUGGAAGAAAUCAGAUAGCAGUGAAGUCAUGUCUGGAGUGUCGAAGCUCUUACUGUCAAAAUCACCUUGAACAUCAUGAGAAUCUCUUUAGAGGUAAAAGACACAAUCUGAUGGAUGCCACUGGACGACUGCAGGACAUGAUCUGUCCUCAACAUGAUAAAAUGCUGGAAAUUUACUGCCGUACUGACCAGCGGUGUAUCUGUAUGCUGUGUUUGGUGGAUGAACACAAAAAUCAUGACACUGUAUCAACUGCAGCAGCGAGGACUGAGAAACAGAGUCAUUUGGAUGAAACACAGAGAAACAUCCAGAAGAGAAUCCAGCAGAAAGAGAAAGAUAUUCAGCAGCUGAGAGAGGCUGUGGCGUCUCAUAAGCGCUCUGCACAGACCGCAGUGGAGGACAGUGAGAGGAUCUUCACUGAGCUCAUCCGCUCCAUUGAGAGACGUCGCUCUGAGGUGAUUCAGCUGAUCAGAGAUCAGGAACGAGCUGCAGUGAGUCGAGCUGAAGAACGACUGGAGCGACUGGAGCAGGAGAUCAUUGAUCUGAGGAGGAGAGACGCUGAGAUGAAGCAGCUUUCACAAACACAGGAUCAUGUUCAUUUCCUCCAGAGUUUGUCGUCUGUCUCUCUCUCUGGAUCUACAGAUGGCUUCACUGUCAGUUCUCAUCUGUCUUUUGAUGAAGUAGUGAAAUCUGUCUCUCAGCUCAGAGACAAACUGCUGCAGUUCUGCAGCGAGGAGACAGAAAAGAUAUCUGGAAGAGUGAAAAUCGUCCAGGUCAUUCUGGCUCCUGAAUGUCGGACCAGAGAGAAGUUUCUACAAUAUUCCCAUCUGUUGACUCUGGAUCUGAACUCAGUGAAUAAUUGGCUCCAUCUGUCUGACGGAAACACAGCGAUCGCUUUGGCUAACAAAAAACAACGUUAUCCUGAUCAUCCAGACAGAUUUGAUUCUUGGACUGAGGUGCUGUGUAGAGAGAGUGUGACUGGACGCUGUUACUGGGAGGUGGAGUGGAGUGGAGAUGGGAGAUCAGGAGUGGAUAUAUCCGUGACAUAUAAGAGCAUCAGCAGGAAGGAAGAAGGUCCUCUGAGUGCAGCUGGACGUAACAAUCAGUCCUGGAGUUUCUUCUGCUCUCCAGACUAUUGCUCAUUCUGGCACAAUAACAUUGAGACUGUCCUUCCUGUAGUCAAUGUCUCCAGUAGAAUAGGAGUGUAUGUGGAUCACAGCGCAGGGAUUUUGUCCUUCUACAGCAUCUCAGACACAAUGAGCCUCAUCCACAGAGUCCAGACCACAUUCACUCAGCCGCUCUAUGCCAUGUUUGGAUUAGAUAAAAAUACAACUGUGAAACUGUGUCAACUGACCAAUUAAAUCAUAUAGAGAUUGUAUAUAUUAUUUUGUCAUAUCCACCUUGAACUUUUAAUAAUCAGAUAUAUUAAGAGUAAAACUUAAAACUAAGUUUUGUUUUUAUUUUUUGAGUACAGACAUUUUAUACAACAGCAAACAAGAUGACAUUAAACUUAAUAUAGUUGUUAGCUGUUAGAUUAAAUGGCAUUCAAUGGGUUGAAAUAGAUUGAGGUUUUAUUGACCAAGUUUAGAUGCACUCUCAUUAUUUGCUUAUAAUCACAUUGAUGGCUCAACCGGACUGAAAAGUUUCUGGUUCAGUUUCUGAACAUGGAGACUGACACAUAUGUUGAAAUUUUGUUAUUGUACACUAAUGUAUGAAUCAGUGUGCAAAGUUUAGAGUUAAUAUUAACAGAACUUUUUCUUCAAAGGAGGAAGGGAAAUUGCACAUUUUGUGUCCUAUAUGCUAUUAUGUAAACAGGACACAAUCGUUCUGGAAGAAUGAUCAGUUAUUCGUUUCAUGGGCCACUCACUGCAAGGGUAAGCCAAUCUCUUCACAGCACCUUUCCCAUUGAAUGGUGGAGGUGAUUGAAUUGGCCAAUAUACAUAUUUGGUCUUCAUUCUCUGGCGGGCUUAAGGGCUCAUUCUACAAAGGGUUUGGGAAUUGUUCAAGGGGAUGUCGGUGGGAGAUAUUUGUGCAGCUGUAAGCUGGGCUUCCCCUCAUACAUUUUUUUCAGAUUUUUCAGUCUUGAUGUCACUGCACCUACUAUGGCUCCUGCAGUUUUUAAAGCUGGCUCUUUGGAGAAAUGAAAGGUUAGUUUUCUUUCUUGCAGGGUCUGUUCGGUGGCUUUGGAAGGCAUACAUUAUGGGUGUUGGCUAUAUCAUUCCCAUAGUGAGAUACCAAGCGAUUGUUUGAAAGAGAACGUUAGGAUACUUGCGUAACCCUGGUUCUCUGAGAUCCUUAGCCUGAAUGCUCCCAUUUUGAUGUCUGCUGAUUGUAGUACAACUGAAGGCUUGUUCAAAUAGGGUAAAUGCAAUUACUAACCACAUAGUCAUAUCCCGAAAAAAAGCCAGUACUGCACAGUACUGAUUGCUUACACCAAACACUGAUCCCUAAACCUACUUGUCACUGUAGCCUUAAACAAUGAAAAUGGCUGCAUGGCAGGAUUUCUGGUGAAGUGGUUACACCUGAAACACCUAUCCUUACGCUUAAAAACCCUUUCAGUUGGAAACCUACAUACAACAAAUCGGGUCAGUCUGACAAAUGACAGACAUAGGGCCUUAUUUUAACGAUCUAAACGCAAAGUGUAAAGCGCACGGCGCAGGUGCACUCAGGGCGUGUCCAAAUCCACUUUUGCUAUUUUAACGACGGAAAAACGGUCCGUGCGCCGGGGCGCAUUUUUG